AUCACGAUCCCUCGAGGGAGUGAUGGCUUUGGUUUCACCAUCUGCUGUGACUCCCCAGUCCGUGUGCAGGCCGUGGACUCCGGUGGCCCAGCAGAGAAGGCAGGUCUGCAGCAGCUGGACACGGUGCUGCAGCUGAACGAGCAGCCUGUGGAGCACUGGAAGUGUGUGGAGCUGGCGCACGAAAUCCGGAACUGCCCCAGCGAGAUCAUCCUCCUGGUGUGGAGGCUGGUCCCGCAGGUGAAGGCAGGCCACGAGGGGAUGAUCCGCAGGUCCUCCUGCAAGUCCGCCUACGACCUGCAGUGCCCCCCGCACAAGCGGGAGAAGAACAGCGCGGGGCCCCCCCCGGGCGAGCAGCGCCGCAGCUGCCACGUCCUGUACGACAGCAGCGAGGGGCUGCUGCUCAACGGCUGGGACAGGUACACAGAGCUGGGCAAGAGGGGCCAGAACACCCUGCCAGCCCUGUCCCGGGUGCCCUCGGCCGCCGACCAGAACUACAUCAUCCUGACGCCCCUGAACCCGGGCAGCCAGCUGCUGAGGCCUGUCUAUCAAGAGGACAACACCACUGGGG